AAGUAUUAUUCUUAGAAUAAUUUUCGUGUAUUAACCCGGAAUUUUCAAAUAGAUUUUUGGACAUAAAUCGCAGCAAAAGUGAAACACGAGAAGGCUAUCAAUAAAUGGGUGUGUGGUAUUGUUUAAAAAUCCCAUGACUGUUUUAAUUGUGUAAUAGACUUCUCCUUAAAGAUUUUAUCUUUUCCAUUCAGUAUCGAAGAAAAGAUAACAAGUAUGCUUGUUUGUAAUAUUGAAACAUUGUGAAUUUCGGAUAGUUGAACAUCAAAAUGGGUCAACUUUUUACACAUCCCAAAAAGAAUGAAACCACUAUUUUUAGUCAAACGUUUAAAUUAAAGUUUAGUAAUAGUGUUGGAGUGGAUUGGAGAACUCUUGGGCGUUGGUUAAAUAUUGAAGAUAGCUAUUUAGACAUCAUUGAUAAAGAUAAUAGUAAAAGUGAUGAGAAAGCAUAUUCAAUGUUAACUAAAUGGUUGCAAAUGAAAGACAAUCCAACACUUGAGGAUUUAAAAACAGCUUUAAAAGAAAUGAAUAGAAUGGAUCUAGUAAGAAAAGUAGACGAAUUUACAAAAACUUCAAAUUCACCAGUAUCUUCCAAGUUUUCUGCCAAUAAAGAAACUUCAAAUUCACCAGAAUCUUCUAAAUUUUUUGCCAAUAAAGAAACUCCAAAUUCACCAGAAUCUUCUAAAUUUUUUGCCAAUAAAGAAAAUUCAAAUUCACCAGAAUCUUCCAAAUUUUCUGCUAAUAAAGAUUUAUCAAGGGUGACUGCUGAACUAAAAAACUUUUAUCUUAAAUAUUAUGGGAAAAUUAGUGAACUUCAACCACUGUUAAAAGCACCUGAAAAUGUUGAUCUAAUGCAUAAGUUUGUUGAUCUAUGUAUUGUUGAUGCAGCAAAAACCCAAAAGGAUGCUGUUUUUAGUGUUGAACGAAAGGAAUUUCUUGAAAAACAAGUGCGUUAUACUUCAAUUCCAUAUAGUGAAAUAUUUAUGAAUGAAAAAUCAGUAAUAUUAAUAUCUGGAAUAGCUGGUAUUGGGAAAACAUGGUUGCUUAAAAAAUGUUUGCUUGAUUGGUCAAAUGAUAUAAUUUGGAAAAAUGUUGAACUUGUUUUUUAUUUGGAAUGCAGAAGGAUUAAUCAAUAUGAAAAUAUUUCAAAUAUUAACGAUUUACUAAGCGUUUUCUACAAAGACAUUAUAAGCAACUUUAAUAUUAGUAAUCAUACUGUACUGUUUAUAAUUGAUGGGUUAGAUGAGUUUAAAUAUUUCAAUGAAUUAUCAAACCCAAGAUUAAAGUGUAACUAUCCUAUUGUUAAUGUUUUAGCAGAAAUUCAAAGAUAUAAACAUUUAGUUGCUGGUAGAGUUUAUGCAAUAGAUCAAUACCAAAGUUUAUAUACAGAUCAUAGUGAUAAGUUAACCAUUCAAAUAAUGGGGUUUAACGAAAAUGGAAUAACGAAUUAUGUAGAAAGUCAUGUUACUGAAGAAAAUAAAGAAAUUGUAAAAGCAACUUUAAAGGAAUCUCCAAUUGCAAAAGCUAUGGCAUCAGUUCCUUUUUAUUUAUCUUCCAUGUGUAAAAUUAUAAGUGAUUCAAAAAAAAAAAACACUAAUUCUUUCUUAACAAUGACAGAUUUGUAUGCGAAUAUUUUUUUAUACUUUUUAAAAAUACACAUCAUCAAAAACAAUGAAAUGAUUUAUCAGAUAAUCGAAAUGAAUUCUAAUAAACUAUAUAUUUUAAAUAUUUGUAAAAUUGCGUAUGAAUUGUUUGUUUUAAAUAAAAUAAUUUUUUCCAAAAAAGAUCUUCAAACCUUUAUUGACUUUGACUUUGAUAAAAAUGAAAAUUUUUAUGGAUUUAUAGAAAGGAUUGAAACAGAUCUGGGUUGUUAUUAUCAGUUCGCUCAUUUGACAAUAAUGGAGUUUUGUGCAUCUGUUUAUGCAUAUAAUUGUUUGAGUUGUGAUGAGAUUAUGGCCAAUGAUAAGCUAAAGAGUUGUUUAUCAAUGAUUUGUGGAUUAUUUAACAAAAGCCAAAAUAGCUUAUUAAAGUUUCUUGUUGAACUGAAUCCUUCAAAAAAACCCAAUGAAAAAUCUAUCCUUUUGUAUUCUAUUUUAGAUCGUCUAUCUAAAAGUAUUGAAAAAUUUGAUGAUUUCAAUUUUUUCUACGAAUGUUUUUACGAAAGUCAAUCGUCAUUCACUGAUGAAAUAAAAUCAAUUGUUGAUGAACUAAAUAAACAAUGGUUUGGUUGGUUGAUUUCGAUUUACGAUGGAAAAACUUCUUACGCAACUUCUUGCAAUAAUUAUUUCGUAAAUUAUUACAUAAAAUCUGGAAGAAAGUUAAAGCGGUUAAGUGUUAAUAAAAAUAUUUUAAGUGAUGAAGAAAAAAAUCUUUUAAUUCGAUGUUUAACUAAUGUUCGCAAUGUCAACUUUUAUCGUCCAAUUAAUUUCGAAGGAUGGAAACCGAAAGAUAAGAUUAAAGUGUUGUGGAUAUUGAUCUCAGAUUAUUUAAUAACAAAAAAAGAUUUUAAAGAAAAUUUUCUUCCUUGGAUUAAUCUUUGUGAAGAAUUAAAUCUUUCACUUCACGACGACAUUGAUUUCUUUAAAGACAUUUGUGAAUGGAUUCGUUGUUCGAACAUCAAGAAGUUUAAGAUCAAGUACCGUGGAAAAUAUUUUCGUAACGUCGAUGAAUUAACUUUAUAACGCG